UCAACAGACACACAGCGUCGCAAUGUCCAGCUCUGAUCGCUGUCCCGACUACCCGCUCAGCUCAGACUUAGCAACCAGAUUAAAGUCUGCCCUGGACGCCAAGGAUGAGGAGAGAGUCCGCAACCUGCUCUGCACUGAAGUCACGCACGUGGACGCUGUGAUCGAACUGGCCAACGACGACUGGAUGAAAGACCCCUCGGCUCAGCUGCCCCCCGCGGUGCUCCUAGGGGACCUGCAGCGCCUUGAGCCUCUCCUGGACCAAUUCUUCCAGGAUACCAACGUGGUGUUUGAGAUCACGAAGGAGCAGAUGGAGUGGCAGGUGAAAUCCCCCGCCACGUUUGGCCUCUCAGGCCUCUGGACCCUGGAGUACAAGCGCGAGCUCACCACGCCCCUGGGCAUCGCUGCGGCCCGCGGCCACACAGACUGCCUGCACCACCUGCUCAGCCGCGGUGCAGACCCCGACGCCAGUCCCGGCGGCCGCGGGCCCCUGCACGAGGCCUGCCUGGGGGGCCACACGGCCUGCGCCCAGCUGCUGCUGCAGCACGGUGCCCACCCUGACCUGCUCAGCGCAGAGGGCCUGGCGCCCCUGCACCUCUGCCGCACCGUCGCUUCGCUCGGGUGCGCGCAGGCACUGCUGAAGCACGGCGCAUCGGUGCACCGCACGGGCGGCACUGACCGGGACACACCGCUGCACGUGGCGGCCCAGCGCGGCCUGGACGAGCACACCAGCCUCUACCUGGGCCGCGGGGCGCGCGUGGACGCGAGGAACCGCCGUGGCGAGACAGCUCUGAGCACCGCGUGCGGCGCGGCGAGGCGGCCCGACGAGUACGCGCGCUGCCUGCGCCUGUGCGCCCUGCUGCUGCAACACGGGGCGGCGGCGGACGCGCGUGACGAGGACGAGCGCAGCCCGCUGCACAAGGCCUGCGGCCACGCGCCCCCCGGCCUGGCGCGCCUCCUGCUGCAGCACGGAGCCAACCCUGCGGCGCUCGACUACGGCGGCGCCUCGCCGCUGGGCCGCGUGCUACAGACAGCCGCCUGCUUGGCCCAGGCCGCGCCGCAGCACGCCGUGCGGGAGCUGCUCAACCACGGCUCCCCCACCGUGUGGCCUGACGCCUUCCUCAAGGUGCUGAAAACCUGCGCGCCGGCCCCUGCGGUCAUUGAGGUCCUUUUCAACUCUUACCCUCAGCUCCGCGUGUCGGAAUCCUGGAAGGAGGUGAUUCCAGAAGAAGUAUUUCAGAUGCACCGGACUUUCUACCAGUCUCUCUUUGCCGUGGCCCACGGCCCCCGCUGUCUGCAGCAUCUCUGCCGCUGUGCCAUUCGCAAAUGGUUUGGCAAAAAGUGCUUUCACCUGGUCCCCCUGUUACCUUUGCCGAAGUCCCUGCAAAAUUAUCUCCUGUUGGAGCCAGAGGGUGUUUUGCACUGAAAACCAGAGCAUUUGGACUAAGAGGUUUGGCCUCGUCUUUGCCCUUCCACGGCAGAUAGGUGGUGAGAGCGCUCUAAAUGGGGACCCACAGACCCGGCUGGGACCUCCCACUCCCCUGGUGGAUGCGCAGACCUCCCCGAGCUUCCGGGUCACAAGGGGAUGGAAUUGGUAAUAAGAGCCCUUUCUGCCUCUCACGCUUGUUUGUGAGGAUGAGAAUUGUGAAUAUCACAGUACUUGUAUCAGAAAGUACCUGUCCACAGAAGUUGAACUAAAAGGUGUACAUAUUUUUCCAAGGUUUGUCUCCUGCCUCAUGGGUUAGCAACCUGCAGCCUUCAGACUCUCUGCCUCCUGGGAAAUGCCCCACCGCUCCUGGAGCCCAGCUACCUGGAAAGACUGUCCCCCAAACAUGACAGAUGUGCAUAUUGAGGGAGGACACUUGCUUCCAUAACAAGAGCGCUUUCCCAGGAACCCCGCUCCCCCCUUCCCAGCCAGGGCAUCCAGAGCUCCCCAGAAGGACACUGGAAAUUUUGAUCCUAUGUGAGUCUUCCAUCUGACAUCCCCACCAGACCCCACCUGGUCCAGCUCUAAUGGACAGUGCAGGAAGCCAGAUGCAGGGAAUAGACACAGGUUGGUCAGGCGGCCGAGAGCACACCCUGGGCAUCCCGAACAAGAAACAUGUUCCAAAGGUCUAGGACUGUAUUCACCAGGCUUUUAUUUUCUGUAUCCUGGUGCUUUGACAUCUGGGGCCUUGCUGACCCUGGGGGGACUACCCGCUUUCCCUCCCACCCCCCAGGUUUAGCCAAUUCCUAGGGAUAAUAAACAACUUGCCACCAAGCACACGUUUCUAACGCAAGCCAGCCAAUCCAGACCUCACACCACCAGCCACGCCUUUACUGGGCGCUCAUACCCCAGGCCACUAGCCACCCCAGGGCCAGGUACCAGACGACUGGGGACAGCGCUAUGCCCCAGAGCCCAGUGAACUCCAGACUAGCUGAUCUUAAGCCUGUCUAUCUUGCCCCACCCCCACCCCCAUGGAAACCACAACAAAGGCUCUUGCCCACAUCCCCCCACCUCCUGGCCACCGCUGGUGCUUCCCUGUGUGGCCCCCAUGGCGUGGCAUGUCCC